AUGCUUUGGAUUAUGCGAUUAUCGGGGUUUUUCUCCGCCGCAUUGGUGAUGGUUGUCCUCUCUCCGUCUCUGCAGUCGUUUCCACCCGCAGAAGCCAUCAGAUCCCACAACCUCGAUAGUCAAAAUCCAGCCGUCGAUCCGCCCAACCGAUUCUCCUUCAGAAAAUCAUCCGCAUUCCCCAAUGCACACGAAUGCAGUUCCAAUAACCGCAACAAAUUGAAGAAAACCGGCGUGUGCGACCCCUCUCUCGUACACGUCGCCAUUACUCUCGAUGUCGACUACCUACGCGGAUCAAUCGCCGCCGUCCAUUCCAUCCUCCACCAUUCCUUGUGUGCCGAGAGCAUAUUCUUUCACUUCCUUGUAUCGGAGACCGAUCUCGAAACCCUAGUCCGGUCCACUUUCCCUAAUUUGAACUUCAAGGUCUAUUUCUUCGAUCCGGAGAUGGUGCGGGGCCUGAUCUCGACUUCAGUGAGGCAAGCACUAGAACAGCCCCUAAACUACGCCAGGAAUUACAUGGCAAACCUGCUCGAGCCCUGUGUUACCAGGGUAAUAUACUUGGACUCCGAUCUCGUUCUCGUCGACGAUAUUGGCAAGCUUUGGGCCACGAGUUUAGGGGGUAAGACCAUCGGAGCACCGGAAUACUGCCACGCCAACUUCACGAAGUACUUCACGCCGAGUUUCUGGUCGGACCGGCGGUUUUCGGGAACUUUUUCGGGCCGGAAUCCGUGCUACUUCAACACGGGCGUGAUGGUCAUUGAUUUAGUCAAGUGGAGGCGGUUCGGGUACACGAAGCGGAUCGAGACGUGGAUGGAGAUCCAGAAGAGCCACCGGAUUUACGAGCUGGGGUCAUUACCGCCGUUCCUGCUGGUUUUCGCGGGACACGUGGCACCCAUAGAGCACCGGUGGAACCAACACGGGUUGGGAGGUGAUAACGUUAGGGGCAGCUGUCGGGAUCUCCACCCCGGUCCGGUGAGCCUGCUCCAUUGGAGCGGUUCCGGCAAGCCUUGGCUGAGGAUCGACUCGAAACAACCGUGUCCGUUGGAUUCCCUUUGGGCCUCAUUCGACUUGUACGGACUCUCGAAGUGAAGUUUGUGGACUGGACUCACCGGUAAAUUCCUGUAGCGACUUUCUUUUUGGUGAUGAGCUUUUCCAAAUUUGUUCUUUUGUCUUUCAUUAUAUUCUCUUGAUCUUUUGAUUCUGAUUUCUCUCUCUCUCUCUCUCUCUCUUUUUUAACUCGUCAUCAUCAUCAUCACCUCUGGUGAUUUGUAUUCUAUUGUAUUGUUCUUGCGUUUGAAAAUAAGAGGGAAAAAAAGAUUUAUUCAUUUCA